GAAAGCCAAGACGCACAAUGAAAAGGAGGAAGAGACGUGUCCCCCGCCAGCACAGAGACUUUACCAGAAACAGGAAGGAGGGAAGCAGAAGCAAGACACUGAAAAAACACGUAAACAGAGGAAGAUGGGCAAGAAAAAUGUGAUAUCUAGGAAAGCCAAGAGGUACUUUGAGAAGGAGGAAGAGGAGGAGAAGCGUCCCCCGCCAGCACAGAGACGUUACCAGAAACAGGAAGGAGGGAAGCAGAAGCAAGACUGUGGAAAAACAUGGAGACAGAGGAAGAUGAGCAAGAAAGAUGUGAUAUCUGGGGCAGAUGACCCUUUUCCUGGCUUACCCUCCGUGCCUGAAGAUCAGCUGGCAAAAUAUGAGCGGGCGAGGAAAGAGACCCGUAGAAUGGGCAGCAUACAUCGCUUAAAGGAACAUCUGCAAUUUGAAGAGAACAAGAAGAAGACUGCGCUGUCCCAGGCCGCCAGACAUGACCUAUUACUGCCAGAGGAGGCUGGGUACCUGGAAGGAGACGAGGGAGAAGAUACCAGUACCAUAACCCAGCAGGACAUAGCGGACGCAGUGGACAUUACCAGUGCUUCAAAGCAUUUUAACCUCUUCCUCAAUCAGUUUGGACCAUACAGAAUCAACUACUCCAGAAAUGGAAGGCACCUCCUCCUGGCCGGUCAGCUUGGUCACAUCGCCACUCUAGACUGGCAAACCAAGAAGCUGGGCUGUGAGAUGAAUGUGAUGGAGACGGUCAAUGAUGUCAGGUGGCUGCACACAAAUACUAUGUUUGCAGUGGCUCAGCGGAAGUGGCUAUACAUUUAUGACUCGCUAGGGUGGAGCUUCACUGCAUCAAGAAGUUUAAUGACGUUUUACGUAUGGAAUUCCUGCCGUAUCACUUCAUGCUAGCGACGUGUAGUUCCACCAGUUUCCUGCAGUACUUGGACGUCUCUGUUGGAAAGGAAGUCUCAGCUAUUUUUUGUAGGUCUGGAAGACUGGGUGUAAUGUGUCAGAACCCGCAUAAUGCCAUCAUCCACUUGGGCCAUCACAAUGGCACCGUCUCCCUCUGGAGCCCAUCUGUAAGGGAGCCUCUGGUGAAGAUGUUGUGCCACCGUGGAGCGGUCCGAUCGGUGAGCGUGGAUAAGACAGGAAUGUACAUGGCUACUUCUGGUUUAGACAGGAAACUAACGAUCUUUGACCUUCGAACUUACAAGCCUCUGACAUCCUUCGGCAUACCCUUGGGGGCAGGGAAUCUAUGCCACAGCCAGAGGGGUCUGCUGGCCGCAUCAACUGGCAAUGUUGUACAGGUAUAUAAGGACACUCACAUUACUGAGCCCAAAACUCCGUACAUGUGUCUUUCCUUAAAAGCACCAAUCCAUGGGCUCCAGUUCUGUCCCUAUGAGGAUGUCCUGGGAAUCGGUCAUGGUGGAGGCUUCACCAGUAUGAUUAUACCAGGGGCUGGUGAGGCCAACUUUGAUGGUCUGGAAUGCAACCCAUAUGAAUCCAAGAAGCAGAGGCAGGAAUGGGAGGUCAAAGCUUUGCUUGAAAAGGUAACACAGUUAAAUAGUAAAACUUUAAUAUUAAGGGGUCCAUUUAAAGUGCAGCAGUGUGGCUAUACCGUGACCCCACUGCUGCUUCUCACGUGUGCAUUGGGCUCUGCUGAUUUCAGAAGUCUGAAACUGGCAGAAUGCAAUCAAAUGAAUGGGAGUAGAGACAGAGAAAAAGCAAUGAUGUACCGGACCUGCAUUUUAGGAAUGGACUACAAACAUAGGCCACGGCAAAAAGAAAUAUUCUAA